AUGAGUGCGCAAGGUAGGCCGUCGGGAACCGAUGGCUCUGAUUUUUCCUAUCGGAUGGUUGUCGACUCAAGGUACACAAAAGUUACUAAGUACAAGCGUCAACUUGCUAUAUUAUUCGUGAUCCAGACAAUCCUCCAGUCACUUGUUGUUCUUUUGUCGUUACCUCUCAAGAUCAGUGGGCGUGUUGAAGAUGCUGAUAUUAUUUCUAGUUUCCUUUGCUUGAUGUCGAUUUUUCAAUAUUUACUUGGUUUUGAAGGGAGAAGAAGGAGCCGGGAGAAGUUUUUAUGGAUUUUUCUCGUAUUAUCUUCUAUGGCUGCACCAUUUGCCAUCCUUGCUUUCUCAAAAAAUAGUUAUGUCUUACAGGUUAUGAAAGACUUUGGCAGCUGGAAAUCAUCACCGGUUGAUCUUAUCAAACCCGCUGCGUUGCUAUCUGGAAAUGUGGUCAGGGCUUUUAUGAUCAGUACCGGAAAAUCACUCAUCCAUAACAUGUCUCCUCCGAAAAAGAAAGUUGCUUGA